CCCAGAUUUACUCACUUGAGCUAAAUCAAUAAUCUGCUUGAACUCUGUAUUUCCCCAUGUUUACUACUGUAUGAGCGGCAGGGCACUUACAACAUCGGUUCAUCAUGUGCCCAGCUUCCCCGCUAUUCUAUCUGAAGUUGACAUCUAGGACAAUCUCAGUGUAAUGUAAACCUCGGGGAAAAUUCUCGGGGGGAUAUCUCGGGACAUGUUAACCAAGGAAAGCUAGACAAACAACUAGCUAUAAAGACUGGCUAUAAGACUGGCAACAUGCACUUCAAUGUCUCUGGUCAGAGUACGCACGAGUUCAUUCUAAUACGACUCUGCCCUCUUUGUCACGUCUCUGUUGAUAUCGAUCUACCAUGCGAUCUUUGGUUUGCCGAACCAUAGCCCUUGGGCUUUUGGUGCUACAGGUUGCUUCCGCGAAUAAUUAUACAGAGCUCUAUCGUCCUCAGUAUCACUUUACGCCCGCGAAAAAUUGGAUGAACGAUCCAAAUGGGCUGGUUUAUUUCAAUGGCACCUACCAUUUGUAUUAUCAGUAUAACCCAGGAGGGAUCACCUGGGGAGCGAUGUCAUGGGGGCAUGCAACCAGUGGUGAUCUAAUCCACUGGGAGCAUCAGCCAGUUGCUCUUCUGGCUCGUGGUUACCCAGGUGAGAUCACUGAAAUGUUCUUCUCUGGCUCCGCGAUUGCCGAUACGCAGAACAUGAGCGGCUUCAGUACCAAUGGAAAUGUACCUUUUGUUGCCAUGUAUACAUCAUACUAUCCAAUUACCCAGACUUUGCCAAGCGGAAAGACGGUCCAGGGUGGCACACAAGCACAAUCAAUUGCUUACAGUCUCGAUGAAGGCAUGACAUGGACCACAUAUGACGCUGGGAAUCCUGUCAUUGCACUACCGCCCUCUCCAUAUGAGGAUCAGCAUGAAGAGUUUCGCGAUCCAUUCGUUUUCUGGCACGAAUCCACACAGAAAUGGGUGGCGGUUAUGGUUUUGGCUAAACUCCACAAAGUAGUUGUUUACAACUCCGAAAAUCUGAAGGACUGGACUUACAUCAGCGAGUUUGGCCCAUUGAAUGCGGUUGGGGGCGUUUGGGAAUGCCCCGGCUUCUUUCCUCUUCCUCUUGACGGAGAUAAUGAAAUCAUUAAAUGGGUUCUACAAAUUGGACUCAAUCCUGGCGGGCCCCCCGGUGUCGUUGGCUCAGGCACGCAAUACUUCGUAGGAGAUUUUGACGGAACAAAUUUUGUUGCAGACGACACAAGUAGCCCAGACGACAACUUGACGAUGGCGGAUGAAACCAACUGGAUGGACUGGGGCCCAGACUUUUACGCUGCCGCUACCAUCAAUGGGCUUUCCAUGACAGAUCGAUACAAUAUUGCGUGGAUGAGCAACUGGCAAUACGCUGGAUCGAUCCCCACAAGUCCUUGGCGGAGUGCUAUGUCCGUUCCGCGGAAGGUCUCACUUAAAACAAUCAACAAGAAGGCAACCUUAAUGCAACAACCUGCUGAAGGCUUAGCUUCCCUAGAGACGUCGGGAAGCUAUUCGAAGUCCUGGGACAGUUUUCCAGAAGGCAAUCAGAGAUUAAAACUCUCCGGAAAAACACUCGACAUCACAUUGACCUUUUCCAACUCUGACCCAUCCCUCGCGUUGUCGGCGGCCCAAUUUGGUAUCAUUAUACGGGCUACGUCUGAUUUAGCACAGCAAACACGUGUUGGAUACGACUUCGGUACAAGUAAACUUUUUGUGGAUAGGACAAAAUCUGGAAAUACUGGAUUUGAUAGUACCUUCGCAGAUGUAUACUAUGCGCCGUUGACGCCAACCAGCGAUGGCAAUGUGACAAUACAAAUCCUUGUUGACUGGUCAUCGGUCGAGGUCUUUGGAGGAGAAGGGGAAGUCACCUUGUCAACUCAAAUUUUUCCGAACGACAGUGGUACUGGUGUCUUACUAUUUUCGACUGAAGGACCCACCAGUGGGGUUACUGUUAAAGCACAAGCUAUCGGUUCUGCCUACGAUAGAUUAGUACCCGUACUGUCAAGCUCAAGCUUAGUCUCAACCUUGACCUCACGCUCAAUCUCAAGCUUGACGAAAACAACAACCGCUUCAACUACAUUUAUUACGAUCGAUUGCGGGCCUUAGUGGACGAAUAUUCGUUAGAGGUUUAUAGCGGAAAAGGCCAGGUAGUGAUCUAUAAUGUGAUUUUCCUCACAGAUCAGCUCCGGCGGUCUCUCUCUGACAAGGUUGGGGGGGUAGAAGUGCUGCGGAUUUUACUGUGAUUGUGAUUAUCAUGAUAGUCGUUGAGAUGCGGCGGCAGUAGCUGCAUGAUUACGUUUUUCUCUUGACAGGCACCUAUGCUAUACUUGCACAUUUAUUUUAUAGCUUCUUAUGUGUAGUCAACUAUUCAUUCUUCUCCGUAUGACCCCCGUCCUUUUUUCGAGGAGUGUGUGUUAGUAUAUUGAUAUAGGGGGUGCCUUUACAAAGUCCCCAGUAUUAGCUUAGAUCCAUUAGGUCCAAUUCCAACUACAAGA